UAUAGGACGAGGGAGUAGACAAUUUAUAAAAUUGUACAUCAAACAAGAAAUAAGGCUUCACAUUUGAACAUUUUGGCAGACCUCGAAGCGCCACCCAGAAAACAGCGAGAGGUCCCCCGAUCUUUGCUGUAAUCGUAACUUCCCCUCUUUUCCCUCUUCUCCUCACUCACCAAAACAGAGCGAAAACAGAGAAAGAGAUCACCAUUUUUCAGAAAAAUGGGGAGAAUCAGAGAAUUCACCACAGAAGAUGAAUCAACAACAACAACAGCUUCACUUAGCGAAGCUCUUCUGUUCACCACCAUGUGCAUCAUUGGUCUUCCUGUUGAAGUUCACAUCAAAGACGGUUCUAUCUUCUCUGGAAUCUUCCAUACUGCUUCUGUUGAUAAGGGUUAUGGUAUUGUUUUGAAGAAAGCAAGGAUGAUAAGGAAGGGCACACAGAGUUCCAGUGUGUCAAAUGGUGGCCUAAUAGAUACUCUAGUUGUUCAACCUGGAGAUCUUGUUCAAGUUGUUGCCAAGGGUGUUAUGCUUCCAGCUGACUAUGCUUCUAGUUGUGCUAAUUGUGGUGAUGAGGAGACUGUUUCUGGAACAAUUGAAUCUUCUCAAAUUUCUGAAAAUGGAGCUGUUUUGACUAAUGGAUGGAGGAAUCCGGAGAGACAAGUUGGUGUAAUCAUGUCUCAUGAGGAAGAAGAUGGUUACCUCCAUCAAUCUAAGGCCUUGAAGGAAGUUGCCAAAGUUAAUGGUUCAAGUAAAAGCUUGAAUAAAGCCCCCAACAAACUGAAUGCUCACAAGGAGAUUCAAGAGAGAAUUGUAGUCAACCAAUUAGCCAAUGGAUCACUGUCUGCCAUUGAUGCAUCUUUGGAUGUCAAUCAUGUAAAUCAGCUCCCUGCUAACGAAAUGACAUGUGAAGAUUCUGUUGCUUCAGAGGUUUCUGAUUCUUCCAAAACAGAUUUGGAUGCAUCUCGUACUCCUCUGGCAGUUCCAGUGGAAAGGGCUCUUCAAAAUCCACUUCCUAGUAGGACUGCUAAGGAAUCCAAGCUCAAUCCAAGUGCGAAAGAUUUCUCACCGUCUCUUCCUCAUUUCAGAUCAACACCACCUUUGGUGCCAACAGUUCCAAGUGUUCCUUAUGUACCCAACCACAUUCCUGCAAUACAGGUAGCUGGUGCACAGCCAGAAGUUGGAAACAGAUCCAUUUUACCACGUUCAUCUUGGCCUGUUAAGUUUGUUCCUUAUGCUACUUCAACAGCAAUGAAUGCUGAUAAUGGUCUUCAAUAUAAUCAACCUAUUGCUGGUCAUAUUGUAACAAGAGCACAGCCUAUUAGACAGGGUGGACAGUACCAACCAAUUCAAGCCAUGCCUUCAUAUGUACAUCCUAAUUCUCAAAAUGGCAUAUUUGGAAGGCCUGGACAGGUCGUCUAUAUUCAUCCAGUUUCUCAUGACGUGAUUCAGGCUCCUGGAUCUCUCUCAUCACAAGCUCCACACCCCUUGUUGGCUUCACAUCCAAUCCAUGUUGGUUUUGCCAAGAAUGAAGGUGUUCUAACUGGUCCGGCAUUGCCAAUUUCCAUGACUUCACCUUUAAUGACAAAUGGACCGCAGUCAUUUACAAUGCCAAGUCACAUUCAUCGCCUGUCAUCUCCUCAUUUUCCUUCCAUGCAUCCUAUUCCAAUCUUAGGUCCUAAUAAUCCUUAUAACGCCAAGUUUCCAUAAACAAAUAUCCUUAAUAGAAAAUUUUCUUUGCUUUUCUUUGGAGCUGGUCCAAAUUUUUAAUCCACAGAAGUUUUGGCACAGAGUAUAUUUUUUUCUUGAGACUAGGUUUUGGGUAUGUCAAGAGUGCAGUUUGAAGGAAACAUUUCUCCACCCAUGUUUUAGAAGAGGGAGGGGUGAUGCGUCGAUCUAGAGAAUUCUUUGUUGUCAGCAUAUGGUAUCAAAAUUUCCAUUGGGUUUUACAGUUGCUCAAGAUCUAUUGACGGGUAUUUUCUUUAACAUCAAUCAUUUAAUUGGUUUAUCCCUGAACACUCAUGUAAGAAUUUGAUCAUUUGACAGAGAAUAUAGGAGCUUAUAUUCACCUGUUCUUCAUUCAUGUUUUGUUUAAAUCCUUAAAUGUUAGUAAUUUCAUUUAUUGCUCAUGUAAUUUCUGAUUUUACCCAAGGAUUGCAAAUUUGCAAAUGUGCAUGUAAGCUGGUUAAUUGUGAACUAACAAAUGUGAACUUGGUUGACAAAAGCAAAUGAAUAGGAAAUGUAUUCCCUGCC